CUAUCCAGGUUGGGUUCGUGCACGUUAAAAUGCAUGAUUGACAUCUGCAGACGAUAUAACGUCGCAAAUGUAAUCUGUGCUGACGGUUUCUCCACGAUUUUCUGUGACUGUAUGGGACAUGUAUCUUUACCUACAUUCAUGUUAAUUACAAUGUAGAAGGCCGUGUUAUGAGAAUUCAGUUGCUCAACGCCAGGAAUGUCAUUUCAGUAGCGCGGUGUUAGACUGGGUAGCAGGCACCAUGGCGGCGGCGGCCGGGGCGAGGGACCGACUUUACGGGACUAUCUACGGGCAGUGCAUCGGGGACGCCGUCGGGCUGCUGACCGAGUUUAUGACUAGAAACCAGGCAGCACAGGCCUACCCCCACCCCCUGGAGUACCACAUGAAGGUGCAGGACGGACACAGGGACAACUGGGCGGUCGGAGACUGGACAGACGACAGCGAUCAGAUGAUCCUCAUCAUGCAAACACUCGCCAGUUCUGGGGGAAAGGUGGACAAGUCUACCGUCUGUGAUUUCGCCCAUCGGCUGUACCGGUGGUCGGUGGAGGGGUUUCCCGAACUGGGUGACAAGAGCGGCUGUGUCUUGGAGCAAACAACCCAGAGGGUCCUGAGACAGAAGAAUUUUGCACAGGAACCGCACUACGCAGCCCUGCAGGUUUGGCAGAAGGCCGGCGGGACCUCGGCGCCGAACGGAGCCAUCAUGAGGACCUCCAUCCUCGGCGUCCACGGCUACAAAAACCUCGCGACUGUCGUCAGCAACACCCGGGCGUUCUGCCUAGCCACACAUGCAGAUCCGAGGUGCGUGGCGUCGUGCGUUGCCAUGACGACGGCCAUGGCGCUGAUGCUGCAGGGUUGGCGGGACGUGUCGGAAAUCGCGAGAGAGAGCUUUCAACACGCGCAGGCGCAGCUGCCGGCUGGGAGGGACGCCAUGAGGCAAGAGUUGAUGACGUAUAUGCAGGUGCGGGAUCUGCGCACGCUCCAGUUGGACGAGACAGAGACGGUUGGUUACACGUACAAGGCGUUAGGGGCCGGCUUCUGGGCGCUCAGGCAACGGAACUUCAGGGAUACCAUUAUACAAAUCGCCAUGGAGGGCGGCAGUGCUGCCACGAACAGCGCGGUGGCCGGCGCGCUGCUGGGCUGUCGGCUGGGAGUGGACAGACUGCGGGGACCCUGGCUGUACGGGCUGCGGCAGAAACACUGGCUGGACGACCAGAUACAAACGUAUCUCCGAAGUGUGAACGUCUUCCAGCUAUCGCAAGGGGGCGCUAAGCGUCCAAAACAACAGCCAGAGGUAGACCAGUGGCUGACGGACAUCAUAGAGAGAGAAAAGCGCGACAAGGACGGUGAAAGGGAAAGGACUGACGGAGAACCACACGGGCAAACGCACGAGGUGGAGACAACAUCGCGCGGGAAAAACGAGUUCCCAACACCGUCCGGGCGGCCACAGAUGGUAAUAGGCCUCCCCACGGAAUCAAGCCAAAAUAUCGUCGAUAGUCCGUCUCCUCCUGAUUUGGAUAGACCGGUACCGUCCAUAGAACUAGAGAGGGUAUCAACGACAGAAUGGGAGGGAGACGGUAGGAAAAGUUUAUUUGAGAAGGACCAGAAGGGGCCCGUGGGGCAACAGUUGCGCCUCAGUCCGCUUCAAAGAGACGGUAGAACGAGCUCGGAUGCAGACCAGCGGGUGAGGAACAGAUACGAGGACGGCAAACCCACUGGCCCUCGGCUGGGCCCGCUAUCAGAAUACAUCGGUAGGGUAAACCCUGAACACUUCGAGAAAAGAACAGGAGGCGCUUUGAGCUACACCAGGCCGCCAGCACUUACAGAAAGGACUAUUUCUCCACAGGACAGAAGAGAUAUGAACCAACACGGAAAACUGACAAGUCCUAGACCAAGUGUUGACGCGGAAGAAUCUAUACCAAUGAGACCGCACAGAGCUACCGCCCCUCUGUACUCAAGACAGCUGUCCUCUCCUUCAUCAGGACACGUCAGGGUUACUGGAAAUCUUUCCCGGCACACUAGACACUCCCUCCCGUCCGAUCUCAAGUCCCUGUUGCGGCAAAGCGAAGAGGGAGUUCACAAACUCAACUCGACCCGGAUGAGAAGCGAAGAACGCGGAACAAGCAGCGUUCAGCGCUCUAGCUCACUUCCGUCCGGCCGAGAGUACGCUUCAGACACAGCGCUAACCGGUCUUGAAAGGGCGAAACAUUUUCACCCGGGUUUGAGUUUAAGCUCGGGCUAUUCUGAGCAGGGGCGUGUCGAGUCGAGGAGAGCUCGAUCGGACGAUGUUUAUGUGAGGCAGCAGGGACGGACGCUUCCCUACACACGCUCUGUCUCUCCUGCAAGACAUGUGCGCUUUUCGAGCCACAGGUGACUUGAAGGAGUGCAUUAUAGUGUCAUGAUGAAACCAUAGCAUCCCAGUAAAUCCUAGUAUCAAGUAUGCC